AUGACCCCGCUAUUCCUCAACACCCCUGCCCAAUACGCCGAGCUCGUCAAUUCAGUUGACACUGUGCUCUUUGAUUGUGAUGGAGUGCUUUACCUCGGGGAGAAUCUCAUUGAGAACGCCAAGAACCUGCUUGAAAUGUUGAGGAGCUCUGGAAAGAAAGUCAUUUUUGUGACCAACAACUCUACCAAGUCCAGAAAAGAUCUCAAGAAGACCUUCGACGGCCAUGGCCUUGAAGCUUCAAUAGAAGAAUGCUUUGGCUCGGCUUAUGCCUCUGCUGUCUACCUAUCGGAGGUUCUAAAAUUCCCCAAAGACAAAAAGGUGUAUGUGUUCGGCCACGAAGGCCUUGAGGAGGAACUGGAUGAAGUGGGAAUCUCUCACUGCGGUGGAAGUGACCCCGAAGAUCGUACAUUCACGCCUCCCCUCAACUAUGCGGAUUACCGCCCUGACCCUUCAGUGGGUGCCGUUCUUUGUGGAGCAGACCACUACAUCAACUUGAAGAAGAUCACCAAGGCCGUCACUUACCUUCACAACCCCGAAUGCAAAUUGAUCCUCACUAACCCAGAUGCAACGUUCCCCAUAGGUGAUGGCAUCUUUCCUGCCUCAGGCGCCAUGUCUGCGGGCAUCGUAUAUGCCGCCAAACAAACCCCCGUCGUCAUUGGGAAGCCUAGCAAGACUAUGAUGGAUGCUGUAGUUGCCCACCACCACAUUGACCCUGCUCGAACCCUAAUGAUAGGCGACAACCUCCAUACUGAUAUCGAGUUUGGCAUUAACAGCGGUAUUCGGACUCUGCUGGUUAUGACAGGCGUAACGACAUACGACCAAAUCUACGGCCCCAAUCCAAGCCCGGUCGUCCCGACUUAUGUCAUAGAGAGAGCCGGUGAUCUCGUCAGAAUGUCAAAGGAGUAG